AUGGCAUGCCAGAAGCUGUUGGUCGACAGUGUCGCGGCAAACGAGAGCCUGGUCAUCGUUCCUCCGGACACCCAGAUUCUGAACUUCACCCACGUAUUGAUCUACGCAACAUCCGGGUUCUCGGAGCAGACGACUCCCGCAAGCCAGCAGAUUCUGGAUGCCAACGCGUCUGUGUCGAGCAUCCGCUUUGUGGACAAAGACCUCGAGUCCGAGGAGCUUGGCGGCGAUGUGUCCUGGACGGCCCCGGAAGGCUUCCUGGAGAGGGUGGACGCCUACGUGCUGUACCUGAGUGCCACUGCCGGCGGUGAUCAGCGCCUAAGCCUUGGCACGGAGGUGGCAGUGGGAACAGACGUCAGGAGCAUUCCUGCGGAGACCAAAACUGGCGGCAGAGCCUUUAUCGCAGUCUUCACUCGCUCCUCUUUGGCUGAGCAGUCGACGCCGGUGGCACUCCAGUUCUCAGACGCAGUGUCAGUGGUCGAGAAUGUGAGCUUCCCGGAUUUCGACUUGGAUUCUGCAGACCUUGGUGGCAUCCUGACUUGGUCGGAGCCAACGGACACGAGCCAGGUUGAGCACUACAAUGUGUACUUUGCAAGGAGGUGCUCUCAGGGCGAGUAUGUCGAAAGCGUGAACUCGACAGUGGCGACGGUCAUCUCUGAUGUUUCCGACGUCUUUUGCGAUGUCGAGUUCUUCGGGACAGUGCGGCAAGGAGUGGACGAAUUAGUGGUACCUCCCGAGACGCCCAUGCGCAACUUCUCCCACUUCUUGGUGUAUGCAAAUUCUUCCUUGGCCGAGCAAAGCCUGCCAGCGGAGCACGAAAUCUUCGACAUGAACGCGAGCGUCUCAGACAUAAGAUUCCAAGACCAGGACUUGGAUGAAACUGAAAUUGGAGGGCAGGUCUACUGGCUUCCACCCCUCGACAGCAGUCGCGUCCAGGACUACAUUCUCACCCUGGCCUUGAGCCCCACUGGCACUGCGAGAUCCCAGGUAGGGCCGAGCUUGCCUGUCGGGAACGAGACCCAGGCACUAGACCCUGAGACUGUCAUUGCCGAAGACGCAUAUGUUGUUGUGUAUACGCGGUCUCCGCUGGCGGAGCAAACGACUCCGGUCGAUCUGAAGAUUGUGGACUCCAUUGCAUCGGUAUCCAACAUCAGCUUCCCUGAUUUCGACCUUGACGAGGGCGAUCUCGGAGGCCUCUUAGAAUGGCAGCGGCCCAGCACCACCGGAAGUGACGAGAUCGAGCUUUACAUUGUCUACUUCGCUUCGUGUGGCGAUGCGAACGGGUCAGACAGUUGCAGUGCGAAGUCCUACUAUUCCGAGACCUCCUUUGGGACAGAGAACUUGACGGUGGACCCAGAGACGUCCAUCGACAACUUCACCCACUGGCUUAUCUACACCCGGUCGAGCCUGGUCGAACAGACCUACCCGGUGGCGCACAAAAUAUUUGACGCUACCUCCAGCGUGUCAGGAAUUCAAUUCACCGACAAAGACCUCGACGCCUCGGAGCUCGGAGGCACCACCUAUUGGCUGCAGCCUGCCUACGACGCCCGAGUGCGGUUCUACAAUGUGUACCUUUCGGCAGAUCCAGCAGGUGGUGGUCGUUCGCAAUUGGGCGCCGUCGAAGCAGCGGAAAGCAGCUUCGCGCUCCCGCCCGAUACAUCCUCGCAAGACUUCGUUUUCCUGGCGGUGUACACAGAGUCUGAGCUGGUCGAGCAAACCACGCCGGUGGCUCUGAAUUUCCUAGACAGAGAGUCUUUGGUUCAGAAUGUCACCUUUCCAGAUUUCGAUCUGGACUAUGAUGACCUUGGUGGCACUUUGGCAUGGCAGAAACCUGCAGAUGCCACGCAGGUGACACACUACGUUGUUUACAUGGUCAACGUUCCGGAAGAGGCUGAAUUGGCGGAUGACUGCAACGCCAUGUGGACAGAAAGCUUCGAUGCUCGCAUCUUCGCGGACUUCAACCAGAGCUACCUUCCAAGUCCAGGGCUCGCCUUGAUCAAUGGCAUCAAUGCUUCGAUCUUGUGCAACCGGUCUUUCUACGCCUGGGUCGACGUGAGUGUGGAGUCCAUUGCGGUGCCAGAAAACCUGACGCUGCGGCCGUACACGCACUGGGCCGUUUACUCCAUGUCUUCGCUUGUGGAGCAGUCCACGCCUACUUCCUUGAAGAUCUAUGAUAUGGUGGCGAACGUGUCCAACAUUACGUUCCAAGGAUUGGACUUGGACUUGGCGCACUUGGGUGGAACCGUUGCAUGGCAGCCACCAGAGAUCAUGGAGCGCGUGUACGGUUACGCCGUGUACCUGGCCGAGAGUGCUGCAGGGGACCAGCGUUUCCAGAUUGGAAACGAGGUGCUUGCCGGCACCGACGCCUUGUUGGUGCCGUCCAACACACUGCGAGAAUCCUACACUCACUUCGCAAUCUACACGCGCUCCACCCUAGCAGAACAGACGACUCCCUCCUCCUUGGCUUUCCUUGACGAAGUGUCCAAAGCAGGAAAUGUAACUUUCGUCGAUGAUGACCUUGACCGCUACGAGAUCGGAGGCGACUUGAUAUGGCUGCAGCCCGACGAUGACAGCGAAGUGCAACACUACCAGAUCUACUUAGCCGAGGACAGCUCUGGGAGCAAUCGCUCUUUGCUGGGCAAUGCAAGCCAGGGUGUGCACACAUUUUCUGUGCCGCCUAAUACGGCCUUGAUGUCCUUUACGCACCUCACUGUCUUUGCUCAGUCCAUUCUGUCCGAGCAGACCACGCCGAGUUCAGUCCUGAUCGUGGACACCAUUGCAAGCGUUGCCAACCUCCGUCUCAUCGACCUGGAUCUGGAUCCUUUAGAGAUUGGCGGCCGUGCAACAUGGACUCCACCAGCGAACAUUGCACUGGUGGAGGCUUACCGGAUGUACUUGGCCGCAGAUGCUUCUGGCUUAGGGCGCAGCCAGGUGGGGCUGGAAGUGCCAGUUGGCACCAACCAGCAAGACCUUUCCGCGGAGACGGCGCUGGAACCCUUCUCACAUGUGGUGGUUUACACUCGAUCGAGCUUGGAGGAGCAGAGCACGCCUGAAGCGCUUUCGCUCAUCGACACGAUCGCGCAAGUGUCGGACAUCCGCUUCCCAGACUUCGACCUGGAUGAAACCGAUCUCGGGGGCCUGCUUGAGUGGACCGAGCCAGCCGACACCUCACAGGUGCUGUACUACGACGUCUACAUGGUGGAUGUUCUGGAAAAUAUCUCUUCCUGCGCAUAUCAGCGUAACGAAAGUGAAGCCUCGAACAGCGGCCCAGGCGGCAUAUGUCCUCGGCUGCAGAUGGGGACCACCGACGUGAGCAUUGCCAACUUGAGCGUGCCCGCCGACACGGACCUUUCCAACUACUCCUACUUUGCCAUCUUUGCACGCUCCUCGCUCGUCGAGCAGACAACACCUGCCACCCAUCUCAUCUUCGAUAUGGUAGCGAGCGUUUCCGGCAUCAGGUUCACAGACCGGGAUCUUGACUUGGAGCAAUUGGGUGGAGAGGUGCACUGGACACCGCCGGCCCUGACGCAGCGUGUGGACAGCUACCGGCUUUACCUGGCGGACGAUCCGACAGGUCUUGGCCGAUCUCAGAUUGCCAAGGAUGUUCCAGAAGGUCUCCACCAGGAAGACAUUCUUCCAGAAACCACAGCUUAUCCGUUCUUGGUGAUCUACACACGUUCUCUUCUGGCAGAGCAGACCACGCCCGUGUCCUUGCUUCUGGAGGACAAGCAUGCACCGGUGUCGAACAUUAGCUUCCCGGAUUUCGAUCUUGAUGCCACAGAUUUGGGCGGCACAUUGACCUGGGAACCUCCCGAAGAUCAAAGUCAGAUCGAACACUAUGUGAUCUACUUGGCUUGGUUGACAGACAAUGCGUCGGAGUGUCCUCUGGCCAUGUCGUCCGACAGCUAUGUUGCCGUGAUAUCUGGCUCCAUGAGCUUCGUCCUCGCUGGGGCAACGCAGAGUCAGGUGGAGCUGGCAGUAGCGGCGGCCCUGGCUUCCUCCAUGGGGCUGGACCCCGCCACGGUGGACGUCUCCGCCGUGCCGGCACGCCGACUGACGAGGAGGCCGUAUCGGCGACUCGCCCAGUCCUGGACAGUGCAGUAUCAGAUCAUCACGCCGGUUGGGCAAGACGUGAGCAUCCGGAAUGCCAUCGGAGCACUGCAAACCCAGCCCCAGGAUUUCGCCCCAGCACUUGCCGUGGAACUUCUUAGCCUUGGAGUACAAGGAUCGGAUGUGGCCAGCUUGACGGUGCAAAGCUUCACGUCACCUACGGUGGCCUACAUGCUCCCUAGUCUUGUCACGCCCGUGGUCAUCUCGGAAAUUAAUGUCACGGAGACGGAUUUCGCGAAUGUCAGCAACGACACCGCGAUGACUUCAGCGCCGACAACGCAUACAUUGACUGUCACAAGAUCCUCAACGACCUGGGCUGCUGGCGAAGAGGACUCAACGAACAGUAGCCGAGACGAUGCCACAGUGCGUCCUCUCCCUUCUACGACCACGACUUCGGCUGACGACAGCGACGAGGAGGAAGACAGUGACAAUACAACACGAUCGACAACCGCCACCGAAGAGGAGGAAUCAACCACAGCAGCACGUGCAACCUCGCGAACCGUUUCGACCACUUCAACGAAGUCGUUCUCCACCAGUGAAUCGACAGACGACAGUGACAGUGAUGAUAGCGAUGGUGCAAACCAGACAUCUUCCGAGGAGUAUACAGUCUCAACGACUUCGUCAACCACCUGGGACGAGGGCGGCAACUGGAGCUGGUGGAACGAAACUGCGAGAGAACUGCGAAGGCUGUCCUCAGCACCUCUGUUCGACCCUUUUGCCGCCGUGGGCAAGGUCAAUUUCACCGGCCUGGUGAUGUGCUACAGGACACUCUUUGGAAAUGCAUCGAAUGGAACCUACAAUUUCACUGUGCCACCGGACACUGCAUUGGAGAGGUACACUCACUUCCUUGUGUACAGCUCAUCGCCUCUCGCGGAGCAGACCACUCCGGAGAUACACUUGAUCUAUGACAUGGAUGCCAGUGUCAGCAACAUUACCUACCAGGGCAAGGACUUGGACUCUCUGGAGCUCGGCGGUCAGAUUGCGUGGGUCGAGCCGGAGCUCAUGGAAAGGGUGCAAGGCUACAUGAUCUACUUGGCCAUCCUCUCCGAUGGCACAGGCAAGUCCCAGGUUGGAGGCGAAGUUCCUGCGGGCACUCACGACACUGCACUCUUCCCAGAACAGCCCAGAGGCGCCUUCGACUUCUUCACGGUGCCUCGGUCCAGUCUCGUGGAACAGACCACGCCGGUGUUCCUGGCAAUAGAGGAUGAAGUUUCCUAUGCGCGCAACGUGAGCUUUGUCGACGACGACUUGGACGAGAAUGAGCUAGGUGGUUGGCUGCAGUGGCGCAUUCCGGAGGAUGCCAGCGAGGUCACGCACUACAUUGUCUACCUGGCUGAGAACGAAGCUGGCGACAACCGAAGCCUACUGGGAAACGUGACGGUCGGAACGCAUGAGUUCCACGUCCCGGCGGACACCGCCUUGGAGUCAUUCAGGUUCCUAACAGUCUUCGCGCGCUCCAGCUUGGCCGAGCAGACGACUCCGCGCUAUGUCGAAAUCAUCGACACGGUGUCUAGCGUCUCCAACAUUGGAUUCACUGACAAGGAUCUCGAUUGGGAUGAGCUGGGCGGCUACGUGGACUGGCAGGCUCCUGCGAGCCACAGCCAAGUCCUCUUCUACGAGCUGUACUUGGCGGAGAGCUCCAUGGGCAAGAGCCGUCUGAACUAUCCCAGCGGGAGCAUUCCGGUCGGGACCACAGAGGUGCUGUGGCCCGCGGAGACGCCCAAAGCAGCCUUCACGCACUUCGUCGUCUACACGAAGUCCUGGCUUGCGGAACAGACUACGCCAGUAGCCCUGGAAUUUGAGGACAAGGUGUCGCUGGUCCGUGACAUCUCCUUUCCAGACUUUGAUCUGGAUCUGGAGGACAUUGGAGGGACCAUCUCCUGGGAAGCACCGAACGACACCAGCCAGGCUAACACGACUGAUGGCUGCAACACCAGCUACCAGCAGCAGCCAGAGGAAGCCAACACCUCAACGGACUGGUGCCUGCUGACCUACAUGGGCAAUGCAUCCGUUGGGGAGCACGACCUUUUCAUCCCUCCAGACACAGGCAGAUAUGAGAUCGAAGCUUUGGGCGUGCCCCCGUACACACACGUGGCAGUCUUCAGCUUGAGCUCUCUGGUGGAGCAGACCACUCCUAUGACCCUGGUCUUCUGGGAUGAGAUUGCCAGCGUUUCCAAUAUCAGGUUCGUAGACCAAGACCUCGAUGAGGUUGACCUGGGCGGAGAUGUGCACUGGGAGGCUCCAGGAUCGGUGCGGGUCUCAGCGUACCUUGUGAAGCUUGCCACCGACGAGCUAGUUCCGACUGACCACUCGCAGAUCGGCCUCGAUGUCCCAGCGGGCACAUACAAUCUCCUGGCUCCAGCAGACAUGAACCCAUUGCACUACUCUCGGAUCGUCGUUUACACCAGGUCCACGCUUGCGGAACAGACGACUCCCGUGGGCUACCAGUUUGUGGACAAGUCGUCACCUGUGCUGAAUGUGUCCUUCUUUGACUACGACCUGGACGAAACCGACUUGUAUGGAGACCUUUUAUGGGAAGCACCGAACGACGAAGAACAAGUGCUGGAGUACUAUGUGUACAUGGCGGAGAACAGCACCGGUAAGGAGAGGUCCUUGACGGGCAUCGCGCCCCGCGGAGUGGCUCGUCCUGUGUUCCGCAGAGAGGUCUCCACGCUGUGCGAGCUCGUGAACGAGAGGUUGACUUUGCAGUUUGCAAACUUUGCAACGCGAGGUGUACAACGUGAGCAUCCUGGCUGA